CCCCCGGCCCAACAAUUUUUACCGCUUGGCCCGCCCGGCCCGAAAGAAAAGCUUCGUUGGGCCGGGCCGGGCCGAGCCGGGCUCGGGCCGGGCGGGCCGGGCCGGUCCACUGGGCCGGGUGGCCCGUUUCGAGCCCUGCUGGAUAAGUUGACUUUUACUAUAUUUGUGCCUUUGUUUGAGUCGAAUACAUUAAUAAAAACCGUUUUACAUCAAGCAAGUUUAUUAAAAAGACGAUACAAAUAUUUUCAGGAAUGAUAGAACACUUUAAUUGUUAUUUUGUUAAGAUUUGGUAUAGUGUCACUAAGUCAAGUUCAAUAGGUUCACGCAAUGAUUUUUACAGAUGUUUGGCAUUAAUGGCACUUGCUCAACAAGGAAAAACAAUUGAUGAGAACUUAUUGGAUAAUUAA